GGAGGUCUCGUUACCUGACUACUAGUCGUGGACAAAAAAAGAAAAUGGCCGGUGAGGUGCUGGUGGAUGCGUUGCCCUAUCAUGAUAAAGGAUAUGACGAAGCAGGGGAAAAAGAAUCGGCAUAUGCCCUGGUAGAGGAGGAGACAAGGCGAUAUCGGCCCACCAAGAACUACCUGGAGCAUCUCCCAGCCAUUGACCACACUCCAUUUGAAACAGAAGUCUUGAAGAAUGAAUUUGAACGACUGGCGUCCCGCCUUCCCAUGGAUGUGCUCAGCAUGAAAAGAUAUGAGCUUCCCCCGCCUCCAGCAGGCCGACAGAAUGACGUUCUUGCCUGGAAUGAGUCAGUGGAGAACUCGAUGGCUCAGCUGGAACACCAAGCAGAAAGAAUUGCCAACUUGGAGCUUCUGUCGAAGUAUGGAAGUCAAGCGUGGCGGGUGUACAAUGAUGUAUUGGUUAGGAUGGUGGAACAUGGACAGCAGCAGCUACAGCAAAUCCGCAAGCAAAUCCAGGAGCUUAACUGGCAGCGUAAAACAAAACAGAAAAGUGCUGGUGAAGCCUUAAAGAAUCUCGAAGAGAGUUGGACUGGUCUGGUGGCCAAGAACUACGAGAUUGAGAGAGCCUGCCUGGAACUGGAGCAGGAAGUGGAGCGGCUGAGGCAGGAACAGAUGAUCCGACACACCAAGGAGGAGUUCAAGACCCAGCAGAUGCUGCAGCAACCGCUGCCACUCCACCAAGGAGACAGAGGCCGGAUGGCCGGUGACGAGAGUGACGAGAGUGGAGAUGAAGCUGACUACUUCGCAGGCGACAGGUAGCCGCAGAUCUAGCGACAGGUAGCUUCAGACCUACCCAAGGGAAACCUUGGAAAGAUACCCAACUGAUCACCGAGACCUUCAGGACGUGAUGGGGGACAGUGUCCGAAAUGGGCUCUGGCUUCAUCUGCUGUCCUCAGUAGCCCGUGCAUUGUCAACGAGUGAAGACCUAACCCUAGCUCUAGAUUCAGAUGUAUCCAUUUAAGGUCUCAACCUUGCCCUCUGCGCAAUCCCAUUGGCUAAUUUCUUACAGCUGCCCUGCCCAGAAGUGUAUUCUUUCAUGCCCUCCAGCAACAAAUGAAUAGAAUUUUGUUGUGCAGGGUCUUUGAAACUCAGAGCAUUGACCAGACACACCUGCUCUUGGUUUGUAAACUUGUGAUGGUGAGACAUACUUCAGCUGACCCCUAUAAUUUAGAUGUCGAUUAUUUUUAACUAUACCUGUACUUCAGGAUUUUUGAACUUUACCCAUACAAAUAUGAUUUACAUUUUCUUUAUUUUCGUUUGUAGUAUGAAUACACACUUCUGUUAAAAAAUGACCGACUUAAUGUAAUUCAUUGGAAUGAAGGAUUGUCAAUAAAUUUCUUGUGUUUAUACUGAA